UCUGAGUGGCUGGUCUGUCACCGCCGGAUUAUUUGUUUACUUUCACUACUUUUCCGCUGUUCUUCGGGGAUCGCCCUUACGAUGGCGGAUAAUCAGAUCGCCGGCGGUUCUCCCAAGCGUGUGUCGGUCAUUAAAACUACGCCGAUUAAACCCAAGCGCCUGGAUGUGAGCCCUACGAGCCCCGGCUUCAGUGAUUUUAUGGUGUAUCCGUGGCGAUGGGGCGAGAACGCCCACAAUGUCACCCUCAGCCCUGGCGCCCCUUUCAACGGUCCCGGCGCCAGGGAAACCCAAUGCGGGACAGCGGCCGCUCUGCACCGGGAGCUGGAUCACCUUUCACAGGAUGGCACAAGACGUGGUCGACCAAGAGCAGAGUUAAUCCGUGAUCUCAUAAAUGAGGGUGAGCACUCCUCAAGCAGAAUCCGCUGUAACAUUUGUAACCGAGUGUUUCCUCGUGAGAAAUCCUUACAAGCUCACAAGAGAACACACACUGGUGAAAGACCGUAUUUAUGUGACUACCCGAAUUGUGGGAAAGCAUUUGUUCAGAGUGGGCAACUAAAAACUCACCAGCGCCUUCACACUGGGGAAAAGCCUUUUGUUUGCUCUGAAACUGGCUGUGGAAGCAGGUUUACACAUGCAAACCGCCAUUGUACCAAGCAUCCUUAUGCACGUUUACGGAGAGAUGAAGUGUCCAGUGGAGCAAACAAAACACAGGCUGCAGACAACAAGGCUGUUGCAGAAUGGCUGGCAAAAUAUUGGGAGACCCGAGAACAGCGUACCCAUCCUGUGAAGAGCACUGGACAGAAGGCUGACCAGGAGCAGCAGGAUCCUUUGGAGUUCAUACAGUCCGAUGAAGAUGAAGAGGAAGAGAAAAAUGGAUCACACGCCGCAGCAUGUCGACGUAUUCAAGAGCAACGGGAGCGACUACAUGGUGCGCUGGCUCUCAUCGAGCUGGCGAACUUAACUGAAGCACAGUUGCGCCAGUAACUUCAAUGCUUACCUUUUAUGAAAUGGAACUGUCUGUGGACUAAAGUCCUACUAGUCCACCAGACAAGUCAUGCACCUUAUAUUUUGCUUCUAAUAGGCUGCUAUUAUGUAGAUUUGAAGAUAAUGAAUGUUGUUGCCCUUGCUUAAAGGAGCACAAGUGUUAUGCACUUUUUGUCUGGAACAGGUUUAUGUAAAGUUUUAGUUUAGUAAAUAUUGCAAAGCUUUGAAGGAAGGAUCAGAUUAUGUCGAGCAGGAAUUGAAUCUGCAGGUGCUGAAUUCUAGGUGUAGCAGGAAUAUUUGACUUGUGUUUAUAGUGCAAAAUUUGCACUCUUUGGCAUGUAAGAUGAGCAGUGCCUUUCUAAGAUCUUUCUUUGUGAUCUUGACUUCGGUUAAGCUUCAGUGUACACUUUUCACUGGCACCAUUAUGAGCUUAAAACAAGCACCUAAGAAUUCAGUUAAUAUAACAAAAAUUUAAGAUGACAAUUUAACCUUUCUGUUUAUCUGGCACUAACUGCAUUGCAAGUAUAACUCAUUGUUCUUGUUUAAACUUUUAGAUUUCCAGCAUUUCAUCUGAGUCAUGGUCCAAAUUCUAUAAUUCUGUUUAAUUAUUAAAAGCUGCUGCGUUCCAUGACUUUUUCAUUUCAGCAAUCCUUUACAAUGCACUGAUGGUACAUUCACCAGAAUCUUCUACUUCAGAACUGCUACUAUAUUGGAAAUGGCAGUGGUGUGAUUUCUUUUUUACCAAUUAUCCACAAUGAAUAAAUGCCCUCUGCCAUUAGCAUUGUAGCAAGCAACUUCAGCUUAGUCCCACCUGCCCUACAUGUGUGUAGUACUACCUCUGACAGGUUGAUUAGAAAGUAUCUAAAAAUACCAUUAAGCAGAACCUUUGAAAUAUAUGUUGCAUGGACCAAAUGUUGAUGUAAUGUAAGAUGCAGUAUUGUCUAAAGUACCACUGAACUAGAUUAUUGUAUUUCACUUAAUAUUCUAAUUUUUAAAACAAAAACUAACUUGGAAUUUGAAAGAGCUAUUGGUCUUGUUUGCAGCUAGUUGAAGCAUUUGGAAAAAUAUUUUUGUCCUCUUGAAUGGUUAUUGGUAAAUUGUGACAUCUGAUCUAACUGAACUUGAUUAUUUUGUGUAGAUGGUCAUGAGCACUUAAACCUUCUUGCUGAAGAUUGGUAUCACUGAGGUGAACAAUGAACGUAUAGCACUAGGCUUUUUCUUUAUAGCACUAAAAGUACAGGUGGCUACGGAUUUCUGUUCCAGACAAAUAUUGACAAAUUGCACCUUUUGUUUGUUUAAAUGCAACUUGUAUUCCAUCAAGCAAUCCUGAGAGGCUUGGUCUUGAUUUGGAGAAAAUGAUUUGAGUUAACUGGUGUCACUCAACAAAUGCUGUGGAUUUCUGUACUUAACUGCAUAUAGUGUGUAUUGCUGCCUGGGUACUACAAUCUUGUGUAAUAAGCCCUAAAAACAGUGAAAACACUGAUUUAUAAAUAGCCUGCAUUAAACCUAAUGUGUAAAAUGCAGGCUUGGAGGCCUACAAGAGAAAUGUGGUACUGAUUAAUUUUAGUUGUAUAAUGAAAUUUACAUUGGGUGACUUUUGGUAAUGGAAGAAGAUUUGUUGAAUUUCCUGUUGGCAACACUAAAUUGUAUUGCUUUGUAUCAAUAGUUUUAUUAUAAUCAUAUUGCAGUUUUAUAGCUUGCCGUUUAUUGCUUUGUUGCAGUGUUUUUUUUAAAUCCUCUUAACUUUGCUGACUACUUCAUUUUGGUUUUCAGUAAUCCAAUAUGUUCUGCUUUUUCUUUUACCAUUUAAAUAUAUACUUACUGCAUGAAGUUUUUAAUUCUAUAAGUUUACAAGCUUGAAAUGCAGUUUUGGUAUAGAUUUAACAGCUGUCAUUAUUGCAUAUGUGUUAAACACGUUUGCAAUUAACAGCAUUAGCUAAGCAACCAAGAUUGAAUAAUUUGGUCACUUUCCAAAAAAAUAGCAGUCUAGCCUCAGUGCCAAACGGAAGUGAUUUUAUGGAAUUCCAAACCUAUCAUGCCAGUUCAGUUUCUUUUCAAUACUUCCUUCAUCAGCUAACUAGGUUUUGUAAUUAUAACUUAUUUAUUUUAGGUUUGAGUCAAAUAUAACUGAUGACUAUUCAAUAUAUAGUUUGUUUUAAUGAAGAAGAUGGACUGCACUGGAGAUGUAUGAGCCUCUAACUUUUUGUUUUGUUUCAAACUAAAUGUCACAGUAUGUUUGCAGGUGGUGUAGUUUGUGUUCAGUGACAACACUUCAAUCUUUAAAAUGGUCAUGGUUAGGAGUAUGAGUUGUUAAUUCCUCUGAUCUCUGCUACAAUCUGCAUCCAUCUGAUUGGCAAAGGUUUGCAACUAACAAAGAAUAUUAGUCAGUAAUAAUUUUUAAGUCCACAAAGAUUUGGAGAGUAUUGUAGAAAUUGAGAGAUCAUACAACUCCAGUUCGUGAGAGAUAAUUGGAUGUUGAAAGAGUCUCAAACAGAAUGCCUGUUUUUCUCAGUUUCAUUUGUUAAAGAGUUUGUGAAAUUUAAUUGCUCUGUCACCAAUUCUAAUUUAAGUAGAUUUGCAAGCCAGAACGGAACUUGUUAAGUGUGACUGACAAGGACAUUUGUCAUUUAGCCUUGCUAGGCUCAUGAUUACUGUACAUUAUUUGUGCAAUGCAGUUACAUAGCUGCACAUUAUAUUCUAAAAUUGAAUUUAUAUUCCUUUUUUUUAUACUUGCUAACUUUUGUCUUUUGUAUCAUGUAUUGGUCUAUGCUGAAGGAAGAGAUGUGAAGGUGGUCUCUCUCCAGGCCUCAACAAAGUUUCUCCAAGUCUCACUGGCCUCACAUAAACCUUUCCCUCUCCCUUGGCUGAGAUCUAAUUUCAUCUUUUUAAAGUUCCUCAAUACUACUUUCAAAUUCCAUUAAUUAAAGAACCAUGAUAAUAUUUCAUGCUAACUAUACUCUGAUUUACUGUUUGGUUAUGGAUGUAACCUGGUAGUGGAAUUUAGAAGGUGGAGGAUUUUUGAGGCGUCUUUGAAUUGUUGAUUUGUGGGGCCACUGCUGCUUUAAGGGUGAGCUUUUCUGACUGCACUUAACCUUGUUUUGUUCCAAGUACCUAUUAUUGAUGUAAUAGAGUUAAAUAGUUCAUCAAAAAGCAAUUAGGAUCUACUAACUUAAAGGGAAUCUGACAUGACAAAUAGCCUGUCUGGGGAAACGCUGAUUCUAUGUUUGGAAUGGCAAUUUUUCAUUCAUAAGUGUCAUUCUUGGCUGUUUAAUGCAUGUACAUUUUGCACUGGAGUUGGAUACUCAGAGGUAAUAUUUCUUGUUUGGGUUUUGAUAUUUUUAGAAGGAAUCUGAUCAGUUGGGUUUUCUGGGGCUUUGUUUUAAUAAGGCUGCUUUAUGUACUUGGAUUCAAGUGCCAAAUUCACUUUUAUUUCCCCCUAAUCUCGCUGAGCAUUUUUUCCCUAUCAUUGUAUGAUUAUCAAAUUGUAAAGACCAAGACUGUCACCAGCUUGAAUCUGCCUUUGUUCAUUAAACAAGUACCUGGUAAAUCUA